AUGAUGGAUGAGAACCAUAAAGAUGAUAACAUUCAUUAUGAUAAAGAGUCUUCUUUAUUUAUUUAUGAUAUAAACAGCGAUAAAGAAAAAGAUGAAGAAAAAAAACUUGGUGAAAGUAAUAAAUAUAGUAAUAUUGAGCAGAAUAAUGUAAAUAAUAACAAAUUAGAAAAUAAUGUGGAUGAUGUGAAUAAUGAUGAUGUUUUAAAAUAUUAUAAUAUUGUAAAGAACAAUAAAAUAAAUGACGAGAUUUUACAACUUCAAAUUCAACAUUUAUUAAAUUUUAAUAAGAAAAGUGAAACAUAUGAAGAAAAACAAAAAAGAGUUAUGUUAGGUUAUUUAAAUGAUGAUGAUAUUGAUUAUAUGUUAUAUGACAAGAGCGAUGAAGAAUUUCUUUCUAAUUUUAUGGAAGAUUUGAAUAAUUUUAAAAAUAUACAUUUAAUAGAAAAACAUGAGUCGAAUAUAAAAAAAAAUGGUAUAAUAUAUUCUAUUGAUUAUGAAAAGAUAAUAUAUAAAGAAAGAAGAUUACCAGAUAUAAAUAAUAUGAAUAUAAAUAAUAUCUUGUAUUAUUAUUUUUAUUCUAAUCAAGAAUAUUUAAUGAAUAUAAAAAAUAGAAACAUUUAUACAUACGAUUCAUAUAUAUUUGAAAACGAUCAAAUGAGUGAUUUUUCACAAGAUGAAAAAUAUAAUUCUUAUAGCGAUAGUCAGAGUACUAUUAGCGAUGAAGAUUUAUUAUUAUUAAGAUAUGAUGAUAAUUCUGAAUAUGACGACGAGGCAAAAAUAUAUAUGAAUAAGAAAAGGAGAAAAAAUAAAAGAGAUCGGAAAAAAAACAAAAGGGGAAAAGGAAAUAAAAAGAAGAUGAUUCCUGUUGAAAAAAGAAGACACCAUAAUAACAUGUACGAUAAUAAUAAUAAUAAUAAUUAUGAUGAUGAUGAUGAUGAUGAUAAUGAUAAUGAUAAUGAUAAUGAUGAUUAUAAAUCAUAUAAAUAUAAUGAUAAAAAAAAAAAAUAUAAUGAAAAACUUUUAAAAACAGCUGAACCAUCUAAAAUGAAUAAAGAAAUUGAAGCAAUGAUGAAUAAAGCUAAUAAUUGUUAUAUUAAUCAAAAUUUUAAUGAAUGUAUUAUACUUUUAGAAAAAGUUAUAAAAAAAUCACCAUGUUUACAUGAUCCUUUUCAUUUAUUAGGAUUAAUAUAUGAAAGAGAAUAUAAAAAUUUGAAGAAAGCUAUUAAUUAUUAUUUAAUAGCAGCACAUUUAUCGCACGGAGACUUUUUAUCUUGGUAUAAUAUUAUUGAUUUAUGUAAAAUAGAAAAAGAAUAUAAUGUAGUUAUAUAUUGUUUAUAUAAAGUAUUAAAAUUUUAUAAAAGGAAAAAAUAUAAAUGUAAAAAAAAUUAUGUUGAAUAUGAUGAGAAUAAUGAAUGGCAACAUAAUCAAAAUUUUAUUAGUAAUAAUAUAACGUAUGAUACUGUUAAUCUGCAUGAUAACAUAUUAAAUAUGUGUGAUGAUGUGGUAUGGGGAAAUAAAGAAAUUAAUACCCACAAAGAAAAUAAUAAUGAUGAUGGUAAUAAUAAUGUUGAUGGUAAUAAUAAUGAUGAUGAUAAUAAUAAUAAUGAUGAUAAUAAUAAUAAUAAUUGUAAUAAUAAUAAUUUUUAUGGUUAUAAUAAAAAGGAUGAUUAUUCUUUGAAUAACCAGUUUGAUAAUUUUAUGAGACACAUAUAUUUUAAUUUAGCCUUUACAUAUAUUUUGUUAGAAGAUUAUAAGAAUGCCUUAAAAAAUUUAUUCAUCUUGAAAAAUAAUAAUUAUUCUUCCUAUGAUCUUAUUAUAGAUAUAUAUAUAUGUAUUUGUUUAGUACACAUAAAUAACGCUAGUGAUUGUUAUAAUUUUUUAAAGAAUAUAUAUGUAUACAAUAUAUGUAAAAGAAAAAAUGAAGAAAAUUAUUCAUAUUCAUAUCAAGAAAAAGUUCUUAUAUGUUUGUUAAUGCAAACACAAAUAUUAAAUAAUAAAUAUGAUGAAUGUAUAUUUGUAUAUAAGACAUUAACAAAAGAAAAUGAUUAUGUACAUAUAGAUAUUUUUUUACAAUUUAUAAAAGCAGUUAUUAUGAGAGGUCACAUGGAAUCAUCUUAUUUAAUUCGAACUCAUUUUUUACAAAUAAUAUUAGCAAGUUAUUAUCUCUUUGAAGACAUUAUAUAUUCUUUAGGGGACACAUAUUAUUUGAAAAAUAUGUUUGAAGGAGCAAUAUAUUUUUAUACACUUAUAUAUAAAAAGAGGAAGCAUACAUAUUUUAAAAAUAUUAGGAGUAUAAAGAAUGGACAUAAAACAAACUCAGGAAAUAAUAAAAUAAAUGACAAUAGAAAUAAUAAAAUAAAUGACAAUAGAAAUAAUAAAAUAAAUGAAUCUAUCAAUGAUUAUGUCAAUUUCAAUGUAAAUAAUAAUCCUCAGAAUAAUCAUACAUCUGGAUGGAAUACACAUUUGAUGACGAGCUUAAAAAAUGAGAAUUCAACUAAACAUCCUAAUUUUUCUAAUAUUUAUUUAGAAAAUGAAGAAAUGAAUAAUAUGAUGUAUAGUCAAAUGGAUAAUAUUAUUUGGUUCGAUAAUAAAAUUAAUUUUAUACAAGUAAUUUAUAAACUUGUAAAAAGUUAUUAUUAUAUAGAGAAUUAUAUAAAAGCAGAAAAGAUCAUUUUGAAAAUAUUAAAUAAUGAACAUAUAGAAAAAAAUAAUAUUGAGAUAGAUUUAAAAACUUUAUAUAUUGAUAUAUUAUAUAAAUUAAAAAAAUAUAAUGAAUCAAUUAAUGUCUUAUUAAGUAUAAGAGAAAAAAAGUUAAGAUUUAUAUGUUCCAUUCCUAAACCUUUAAAUAAUAAAGAAAGAGAAAUUUUGUUAUUAAAAAUUUUAAAUAAAAAAAAUAAAUUAUUAUUAUAUACACAACAUAAUAAUUAUAUAUUACAUAUAUUUUAUAUUUAUAAACAAAAUAAAAAUUAUAAUAGUACAAAUUAUCAAUAUGAUAAUUAUUUAUUAAAUAAAGAUAUUAACGAUAUUAUACAAAUUCAGAAAAAUAUAUGUUUCUGUUAUUUCUGUGUUAAAUAUAAUUUUGUAAUAUUAAACUAUAUAUAUCUAUAUAAUAUCUUUCAUAUUUUAUAUAAUAAACAAAUCAACUCUUCCUCUUUUAUGAAAAAUAAACAAAUACUAUGGAACAUUUAUAAAUUUAGAAAAUAUUUACAAUAUCUUACCUCAUCCUUUUCUAUUCUUAAAAAGGGAAAAAAAGUUCUAUAUGAUUGGGAUAUUAUUCACAAAAAUUUUCAGUCGAAAGAAACGAAAUUAUUUUAUAAAGGUGUUAUGAUAAUAGAUAUCAAAAAUUUUAUAUAUGAUAAUAAAAAGAAUAAUCGUAAUGAUGAUAUUAAUCGUUAUGAUGAUAUUAAUCGUUAUGAUGAUAUUAAUCGUUAUGAUGAUAUUAAUCGUUAUGAUGAUAUUAAUCAUUAUGAUGAUAUUAAUCAUUAUGAUGAUAUUAAUCAUUAUGAUGAUAUUAAUCAUUAUGAUGAUAUUAAUUGUUAUGAUAAGGGUGAUGUUAAUGUUUAUCAAAACAUAAAGGAGAAUAAAAUCGAAGAGCAUAAAAAGAAAGAGGAUGGAGAAGAGCCUUUUCCAUGUGCUCAGAAAUUAUCUAAUGCAAGUCUUAUUAAUAAUAAUAAUAAUAAGGAUGAUCAUCAUAUUAAUGAUAAAAAGAAUAACGUAAUUAUAGAGGAAUUUUAUAAAAAUAUUUACAAAUAUAAAUGUAAUAUAGAGUCUGAAAUAUUAAACAGCAAAAUAAUAAUGAAAUUUUAUAAAUUCAGUUAUAAUUUUUUUUAUUUAUUAUAUGAAAUGGAACGUGACUUCAAUAGAAUACAAACAUAUAUGGAAAAAGAAAAUUUAAACUUUCGAUCAAAAAAUAAUCAAAAGAAUAAUGUUGAAAUGAAUAAGAAAAAAAAUAAUGAAUAUGAUGAUCAUAAGAGGAAUGAAGAAGCACCAAGUUAUGGAAAGAAAAUUCUUAUGGAUAAUAAAAUGGACGAUGGUGAUGAUGAUGAUGAUUAUUAUUAUUAUGACGACAAUUACUUUAAUGAUAAAUAUAGUGAUAAAGAAAAUGAUCAUGAUAAUUAUACACAUAUGAAUGUUCAUUUAGAAAAUAUUGAAAAAUCACUUAUCAACAAAACGAACACUAAAAAUAUGCAAAGAUUUAGACGAAUUUCAUUUUUACUUACAAAAAAAAGAUUAAAUUUUUUUUCUUUUGAAAGUUAUUUAGGUUUAUAUUUUAGCUUAUUAUUUCUUGAGGAAUGCUUUUUUUUAAUAAGUAUUAUGAAUUUAUAUGAAGAUUCUAUACAUAUGCUAAGUGUAUAUUUAAGAAAUAGGAAAUCUAAUAAAAUGAAAAGUUUAACAUACUUUAAAUCUAUUAAAAAUGAAUUCAAAAAAUAUCAUAUUAAUAAUAAUUUACUAAAUUUAAACUUUUAUUUUUUUGAUAAUGUAUAUACAAAUAAUAUAAGAAACGAAAUCAAAAAUGAAUAUUGUAAUUUAAAACAUAUGAACAAAUAUAUCGAUUGUAAAUAUUAUAUUUUCAGAAUAAACCUAUUAUUAAAUAAAUUAUAUAUAUCAGCUGGUAAUUAUGAUAAACAAAUUAAAUGUCUAAACGAUAUCUAUAUAUUUAAUAAAAAACAAAAAGAAGAGUAUAAAAUUUUAAAAUAUUAUAGUGAUAUAGUUUUAACAGGGAAAUUUUGUCAUGAUUUUUUAACAUCCAUAUCAAAAUCAAAAAAUAAAAACAUUUUAAUUAGCUUUAGACUUUUUCUUGUUAGGUCUAUACAUUAUAAGAAAUCUAAUCCAUUCCUACUAUAUUUAAUAGGACACAUUUGUAAUAUCUCUUGUAUGAUCACUAAUGCUGUUCAUGAAUUUACGAGAGCAUAUACCUUUCUCUUAAAAAAUAGGAGGGAAAAUAAAGAAAAAAUGGAUAAUUUUAGGAACCAGGACGUAAAAUGGAUGAAGAAGAAUAAACAUGAAAUGGUAAAUGAGGAGGAAGACCAAGAAGUGGACGACGAUGAUGAUGAUGAUGAUAACGAUGGAGAUGACAGUGACGGGGAUGAUAACGAUGGAGAUGACAGUGAUGGGGAUGAUAACGAUGGAGAUGACAGUGAUGGGGAUGAUAACGAUGGAGAUGAUAGUGAUGGGGAUGAUAACGAUGGAGAUGAUAGUGAUGAAUUCUUAUAUGAUUAUCCAUAUAAUAGAAAUAUACAACAAGAAAAACUUAUAACAGGUAGGCAAUUUGAUGAUGCUAAUAGUUAUGACAACAGUGACAAAGGAGACCAGGGAGAACAUGAUGAUAAUGAAGAUAGAUUUUUGUUUGCUGAUUUAAAAUUAAGUAGUAAUAAUAAUAAAGAAAAAGAUGAAGAAUAUAUAAACAGUUUUGAGAAUAUAUGUGAUAAUAUUAAUUUUUUAUUUAGCUUAACUGUUUCAUAUUUUAAUUAUUCGAGUUGUUUUCGAGUGGAAAAUAGGGAAUCAGUUAUUAUGACUUCCUUUUGUUUAUUAAAUGAAUAUAUAUAUAAAAGAUAUGAACAGAAAAUAUUAAAUAAGAAGAAAAAAUAUAAAAAAUAUUCACUUUUUUAUAAAAUCUAUAAAUAUAUAUAUUUAGCUGAAAUUUUAUAUAAUCUUGCAAGAGCCUUACAUCAUUUAUCUUAUUAUAAUGAAUGUAUGAAAUUAUAUUUAACUGUUAUUGAUUUGAUAAAAGCAGCAGAUAAAGAAAUUCUUUGGGUUAUAAAAAGAAAUAAUUUAAAUAUUAAUGAAAGAUUUAUAUAUAAUUAUGUUAUUAAUAUGAACAAAUGUAUGUGUUUUACAUGUUUAAACUUUUCUUUUAGGAAUAACAAAUCAUGUUAUAAUAAACUUAUAAAUUAUUUUCUUAAUUUAAAUACCAAAUAUUCAAAUUUUUAUCUCCUCUUUUUUGAUAAAAAACAUCUUCUUUUCUCAGCGUCUUAUAACUUGAGUGUUAUUUUUAGAAAAUUCAAUCGUUUUGAGCAAGCCAAAUAUAUAUUAAAUAAUAUCAUCUGGGAUUAA